AUGGCCGCUUGUGGUUUUGUUGAUAUGGGGUUUGUGGGCAGUAGGUUUACCUGGGGUAACAAAUAUACCAAGGAAAGGUUGGAUCGGAGCUUUCAAACCAUACAGUGGAGAAGCCUCUUCCCGUUUAGUCGAGUUAUCACUCUUCAUCCCUCGGAAUCAGACCACUGCCCUAUAUUGAUCGAGAAGGAGUGGGCUCUUCCAACGACAGGAAAUGUGUUGGGACAGAUUGGUUUCAAAUUCAAAGUUAUUGGUCAGAAGCUUAUGAAGUGGCAUCAGAAAGAUUUUGAUAAGCAAAAGGUUGAAAUGAGAAUUAUUCAGGAGAAGCUGAAUGACAUUAUGAGGCAACCCUUUUCUCCAGAACAGUAUGAGGAGCAGCGAACCUUGCAUGCCAAGUAUAGCCACUUACUGUCUCAACAAGAAAAGUAUUGGAGGCAAAGAUCCAGGGCAGUAUGGCUUAAGGAUGGAGACAGAAAUUCUGCUUUCUUCCAUUGUAGAGCAAGUAACAGGAAGAGCAGGAACUCCAUUAGGGGUUUAACAGAUGAGCAAGGACAAUGGCAAUCCGAGCCGGCUGAAAUCAAACGAUUAUUGUUGACCUACUUUACGACAGUCUUCUCUUCUGAAGGUUGUGAUGCCAGGGCCCUACAAAUGGUGCUUGAUGCUACACCAACAAAGGUAACUAGAAGCAUGAAUGAAUCUCUUGUACAGCCCUAUAUCGAUGAUGAAAUCAAAGCUGCUUUAUUUCAAAUGCAUCCCUCAAAGAGUCCGGGCCCGGAUGGCAUGUCCCCAUUCUUCUUUCAAAAAUAUUGGAAUGUAGUGAGCAUGGAUGUCUGUAAUGCCAUUAGGAAUUUCCUUGAGAAAGGAGAACUAUGGCCCGAAUCAAACUAUACGUACUUGUGUUUGAUACCAAAAAUCAAAUCGCCUAAAGUAGCUGCACACUUCAGGCCAAUUGCACUAUGCAAUGUGAUUUGUCUAAUUGCUUCUAAAGUGGUGGCAAAUCGAUUGAAAUGUAUUCUGCCUGAGAUCAUCUCACCACUUCAGAGUGCGUAUGUGCCAGGGAGGUUAAUCUCUGAUAACACCUUAGUAGCUACUGAGGCAACGCACUUCAUGUAUCAACUGAAAGGCCAACAAACAGGUUUUUUCUCCUUGAAACUUGACAUUAGUAAAGCAUAUGAUAGAUUGGAAUGGCCGUUUAUACAAGCUAUGCUACUAAAGUUGGGUUUUCAGUCAUCUUGGGUCCAAAUGAUUAUGAGUUGCAUUUCACAAGUAACUUAUUCUAUUCUCAUUCAGGGCGAACCAUCUACAAAGCUUAGCCCUACUAGAGGUAUUAGACAGGGAGAUCCCCUAUCUCCCUAUAUAUUUAUUUUAUGUGCAGAAGGCCUGUCAGCUUUAAUAUCAGAUGCAGUUCAACACAAUGCUAUUACGGGACUUCAAAUGUGCCCUCAAGCUCCUACUCUUCACCAUCUUUUUUUCGCUGAUGAUAGCUUCCUGUUUGGGACUGCAACAGAAGGCGAAUGUUACAAAUUUAAAGCUAUACUUGAUACCUAUGAACGUGCCUCAGGUCAACAGGUAAAUUAUCAGAAGAGCAGCAUGGCAUUUAGCAGGAAUGUGGAUAUGGACAGACAAAACAAGUUUGCCUCUAUUUUGGGAGUUACAAGAGUGGAUGACCAUGAUAGAUACUUAGGCCUACCUCUGAGAGUUGGAAGAUCCAAGACUGCGAUUUUUGAGUACAUAAAAGAGAAAUUAACCAAGAAGCUUAUUAAUUGGAAAGCAAAGAUCCUGAGUUGUGCCGGCAAGGAAAUCUUGAUAAAAGCAGUGGCACAAACAAUGCCAUUGUAUGCCAUGAAUUGUUAUCUAUUACCACGGGGGUUAUGUGUUGAUAUUCACAAGUUGUGUGCGUCUUUCUUUUGGGGGGACACCAAUGAGAAGAAAAAGAUCCAUUGGAGGAAUUGGGACAAGCUGUGUCUGACAAAAAAAGAGGGAGGUAUGGAAUUCAAGAAUUUGUAUGCUUAUAACCUGGCAAUGUUGGCAAAGCAAGGGUGGAGAUUGGUAACAAACCCUACAUCACUUAUAGCAAGAUUGUUCAAAGCUAGGUACUUUCCCAAUUGUUCCUUUUGGGAGGCCGGCUUGGGAGACUCACCAUCCUUUUCAUGGAGAAGUAUUCUCAAUGGCAGGCCAGUUUUAAAAGCUGGUAUUCAGUGGAAAAUUGGUGAUGGUCAAUCAGUAAGCAUUUGGCAUGACAGGUGGAUCCUUGUGCAUCAUCCAAUACAUCUACAACAACCAGCCACUACAGAUUUCCAUUUAGUUGCUGAUCUUAUUAAUCAGGAGACAAGAGAAUGGAUUCCAGCCUCGGUGUACGCUUUAUUUCCUAGUGACAUAGCUUCGAAGAUCUUAUGUAUCCCAUUUGGCCGAAGACAAUGCUCUGAUAAACUCAUAUGGAGUCCAGAGAAAAAAGGUUUUUACUCUGUGAAGUCAGCCAACUGGAUAGCUCGGGAACAAGUCUUACAGAAUGUUCUUACUUCUACUUCUAAUGGAGAUCCAUUUAACGUGCUUUGGCAGCAACUUUGGAAAGCCAAAAUUCCGGGAAAAGUGCUUAUUUGUAACUGGCGGGCUUGUAACAAUCUCUUGGCCACACGAGAGAGAUUACUUGCUAAAGGAUAUACUGGAACCAUCGAAUGCUUGCUAUGUCAAAGUCGCAUUGAAGACAACUAUCACCUCUUUUGUCAGUGUCCUCUGGCCAAACAGAUACUCUCUGCACCUCCUUUUAAUUUACAACAUACUUUGGUGCCUACGAUGAGUUUCAAGGAAUGGAUGCUUGAACGGGCUCAACAACUCAAACUCGAAACCCUAGAGAAGCUAAUGAUGGUUGUCUGGGCUCUUUGGAAAAACAGGAACAAUGGUCUGUGGGAAGGUAAAGUGCAAACUGCUCAUGACCUUGUUCUAAGCUGCUUUACAUGGCUUGCGGACUUCCAAAAAUCUCGUAGCAAAACUCCAACAACGAACAGAUCCAUGAGGGCCAAAUGGAAGCCACCGACGUCGGGUUUCAAGUUGAAUGUUGAUGCGGCCUUCCUUCCCAACCAAACCACUGGUGGCAUUGGAGGAGUAUUACGAGACUCGACAGGUCAGUUUAGAGCUGCAUUCUUUCAACCUGAAAUGUUUGUGGCAUCACCAAAGCAGUGUGAACUCCUAGCCAUUCGAGCAAGUUUGGAUCUAUUAUCCUCAUGCGGUAUCCACGACGUCAGUGUUGAAAGUGAUUGCAUGGAGGCUGUCUCUGAAGCGAACUGUAGGAAUUAUGAUCUGUUAGCUAAUGGAGGUAUAGUGGAUGACAUUCAUGCAGUUUGGAGUAAGUUGCAGGGAGUGACUAUAAGUCAUACUCCGCAAACAUGUAAUGCUGUGGCACACCGCCUGGCAGCUUUAGGUUUUGAAAAUCCUAUUGGAGCCGUCUGGUUUGACCAAGCUCCUUCUUCUAUUCAUGAUAUACUACAGCACGACUGUGCUCAACUCGUUUGA